UCCAUAGGGGUGCGGGGCUGUGGACUGGGAGGCCCGAGCGCUGAACCUUGAGACUCCUGCGCGCCUCCGCUUUCCUCGCUGCAGCCUCCGCGCCCUACGCCGCCCGCCCACCGGGGGCUCCACAGCGGUCGCCUCGGCCUCACUAGCCCGCCCGCCGGGCUCUGGGCAGCUCCUCCGGGAGCCCUCUGAGAACUCGCGCCCCUCGCGCUCCCCCGGUGCUCGACGGGGCCGCCUAGGGCCAUGGUGCCCUCGCCGGCUAAGCCAACCGCUGCUGAGCGGGAGACGAGCGAGACAGAGUCACUCGACCCCGCGCCCAUGGGGGCCACUCCGCUGUCCGGCCUGGGACCCUCAGACGGCCCCGAGGCUGCCGCCGAGAAGGUGGAGGUAGAGUUGGUGGGGCCGGCGGGCGCCGAGCCCCCUCAGCCUCCCGAGGGCGGCUGGGGCUGGCUGGUGAUGCUGGCGGCCAUGUGGUGCAACGGGUCGGUGUUCGGUAUCCAGAACGCCUGCGGGGUGCUCUUCGUGUCUAUGCUGAACACCUUCGGGUCCAAGGACGAUGACCAGAUGGUCUUUAAGACAGCAUGGGUAAGUUCUCUCUCCAUGGGGAUGAUUUUCUUUUGCUGCCCAAUAGUCAGCGUCUUCACGGACCUAUUUGGUUGUCGGAAAACAGCUGUUGUGGGUGCUGCUGUUGGAUUCAUUGGACUCAUGUCCAGUUCUUUUGUGAGUUCCAUCGAACCUCUGUACCUCACCUACGGAAUCAUAUUUGCCAGUGGCUGCUCCUUUGCAUACCAGCCGUCGCUGGUCAUUUUGGGACAUUAUUUCAAGAAACGCCUUGGACUGGUGAAUGGCAUUGUCACUGCCGGCAGCAGCAUCUUCACAAUUUUGCUGCCGUUCCUUUUAAGGGUUCUGAUCGACAGCGUGGGCCUCUUCUACACACUGAGGAUCCUCUGCAUCUUCAUGUUUGUCCUCUUCCUGGCCGGCUUUACUUACCGACCUGUUGCUUCCAGUGCCAAAGAUAAAGAGAGUGGAACCAAAGGAGGCAACCGAUUCUCCCUCUUUUCCAGGAGAAAAUUCAGUCGUCCAAAAAAAAUUUUCAAUUUUGCCAUCUUCAAAGUGAAAGCUUAUGCAGUGUGGGCAGUUGGAAUACCACUUGCGCUUUUCGGGUACUUUGUGCCUUAUGUUCACUUGAUGAAAUAUGUGAAUGAGAAGUUUCAAGAUGAAAACAAUAAAGAGGUGCUUCUCAUGUGCCUUGGCAUCACCUCAGGAGUUGGACGGCUGCUCUUUGGCCGGAUUGCAGACUAUGUGCCUGGCGUGAAGAAGGUUUAUCUACAGGUGCUCUCCUUCCUCUUCAUCGGUGUGAUGUCCAUGAUGAUUCCCCUGUGUCGCGUCUUUGGGGCCCUCAUAGCCGUCUGUCUCAUCAUGGGCCUCUUCGAUGGAUGCUUCAUUUCCAUUAUGGCUCCAAUUGCCUUUGAGUUAGUCGGUGCCCAGGAUGUCUCCCAAGCCAUUGGAUUUCUGCUCGGAUUCAUGUCUAUUCCUAUGACUGUGGGCCCGCCCAUUGCAGGGUUACUUCGAGACAAGCUGGGCUCCUAUGAUGUGUCAUUCUACCUCGCUGGAGUCCCUCCCCUUAUUGGAGGCGCUGUCCUUUGUUUAAUCCCAUGGAUCCAUAGUAAGAAGCAAAGAGAGAUCCAUCAAACCACCGGAGGAGAAAAGACAGAGAAAAUGCUGGAGAACCAGAGCACUCUGCUGUCAAACUCACCUGAAAUCUUUAAGAAGGAAUCUGACUGCUUUUAAUGUCUUACAUACCUCUUCCAAACUGGACUUGCUUUCAGAAGUUUAAGCAAGCUUUCCUUUUAUAUGAAUUGCAAAUUUCUUAUUUUUUUAAUCACAUCUUGAAAACAAUAGCACAUAAUUGGGAAAUAGAACUCUUAUUACACAAGAACCAUUUUCUGCCACUUAAUAGCUGUCUGUUAUUUCCAUGAGUCUGAGGGCAGAGACUGGCACAUGAAAACAUGUGUGAAAGUCAAAUGUUGUGAGAAUUUGAAAUUAUCUCAGUAAAAAGCAACUCUGGAAACUGUGAAUGCUAUUCAGCUUCUACAAAUAUUUAAAAAUACCUCAAGCUAUACUGAAAGAUUUGCAAUUUGGUUAAGACUGGAAAUAUUGUUUGUUGUCUCACAUGCUUGUUUUUAAUUCUGGUAUCUCUAUUUUAAUUUCUUCUGCUAUUUGGAAACUUAUUACAAAAUUGAAGUCUGGAUUCUAGAUAAUGUGAGAUCUACCUAAACCUCAAGUCUGUGUUCAAGUUGUUUGCUUACUGUUAAAUAAGUGAUGAAAUUAAGUUGUUCUGACUUGCUCUAGUGUCAGGGACUUUGUUGGAGCAGAUGCUAACAAUGUAUUCAGAAUGAAUACGUGAAAUGGAAAGUAUCCUGUACAUAAGGGCAGAGCAGUUCAAAAAUCAGGCAUUGCCUCCAUUUAUGUGUGUUCCCCUUGGGUUUGCAGUGUGUUUUGCUCAAGUAGCCAAAUUCUAACAGUAAAGUAAAAUAGAAUGAAUAAAAGAUAUUCUAGCAAGGUUACCAUAAAAUUUUUCUAACUCCUGAAUUUGUUAGCACUAGGACCUGGUAUUUAAACUAAGUCUUAUUGCGCAUGUUAUCAAGUUGUAGUUUCAGGCAUAAACGGGGGAAAGAAAUAUUUGUGUUUGUGAUAAAAAUAUCUAUCUCUGAUAGAAACAGUUGCUCAAAUUGGUUUAGGAAAUUACUGGGUCUUGAAAGGUUAAAAACAUUUAUAAAGAAAAACAACUCCUACAUUUCCAAAACUUUCUGGCAGAAAAUUGCAUUCAUAUGUUUUUAUCCUAGUGUGCCCCCCAUAACAUUCCCAGUGUUUUGUCUGCUCAUACAUUUACAAUUGUAAGACAGCUAUUAGAGUUUUAAGGACCUAAAAUUAAAACCAAAGUCAUGUCAUGACCCAUACUCAUCUACAAAAAAUAGGAACACUUUCCUCAUCCCUGAAAUUAUACUUUACAUUUUUGUUUCUUAUUUAGGUCUUAAAUAGUUAAUAAUAUGCAAAAUAUAUUUAAAUCUUAAAUAUAGAUGUAUAUUAGCUCUUCCUCAAAUGUAGCUUGUUCACCUGGGGAAAAUUUUGUCCUUUUCUAAAGCAUCUCCAAGAUCCAUCUGUUUCUAAAUUCUCUGUAAGAAGAGAAAGCUAGUCUGUUAUCUCCCUACUUUACUUUUCAGCUUCUGUUGUUUCUGAAAAGCAAAGUCCUUCCAUUCCUUGUCUCUAGCUAAGGAUGAAGAUACUUGGAAAGCAUAUGAAUUUAUAGUUGGUAGAGGGUGAGGGGUGGCACGCAGGGGACUGGAGGGAAGUGAGGCUGUUAGUUAAACAGCUGGAAAACCCAGUAACUUUUCCUUUCAGUAUCAGCUUUCUUAUCUGCAUCCUUGGAAGUUCAAAGUGAAAACACUAAAUGUGGAAUUUUUUUUAAUAGGAUUUAAAUAAUUUUGAUUGUGAAGUCAUUCAGCAACUUACUAUGUCAUACACAUAGUUGCAACUUACUACUUCCAAUAUUUCCAUAUUUCAUACUGAGGAGACUUAGGUAAUUUGUUUUUUGGAAGGGUCAAUAAACAAAACAAAACACCCCUACAUUUGACCAUACUGCCCUUUCACGUUCUUAUUUUAAACUUUUAGAAAGUGACUUAGAAAUGAUAAUGUAAUACAUUAUCAGCUUCUUCAUUUAUUCUUGCCCAUUUAUAAAAACAUUAUUUCCUGGUUAUUAUCAGUGCUUUUGAGAUCAGCAAAAACAUACAACUAAGACCAAUCAUCAAACCUGCCAUUAUAAAUUUUUUUUUACAUUUUAACAGACUCCUGAGGCUCCCCCACCCCCGAUUUUACAGAAAGAAUAAUUCUAAAAUAGAAUACUUACUCUGUAAAGACCUUCAAAGUGUUUUCUCUUUUAAAAUUUGGUUGAUUUUAGGGAAAAAAGGUAAUAAUCUGAAACUCAAAGACUUGAUCUUGCUUUGUUAGUUUCCAUAAUAAAAGAGCAACAUGACUUAAGUAUUUAUAAGAAAACUUAGAUCUCAGAAUAUUACACAUAUAUUACACAUAUGUAGUUUUCAGUCCAAUGGAAUGAAUAAAACAGGAUCUAUAACACCAAAAAAGCUCCACUGUAAUAGACUCCUAUGGAGAAUACUGUGCUGUAAUAAGAUAAAGUUAAAGAGAAAAAUAUAAAAGGUACAAUGCUAAGUUCCAUAAAAUGCAUAUUUAGUAAUAUGUUGUUUGGUACAAAAGCUCUAUAAGUCUAAAGUUCUAAAAUUUCUACAAACUAAGAAAAUGAAAAAUACUAAUAUCCAUAAAGAUGUGUUGCAGACCAAGAAAUAUUAUAGACCAAUAAAAUAUUUUCUUUUCAUCAAAGUAAAUCCUUUUUAAUUCCUGCACAGGGUGUUACUGCUGCAAUAAAGUGAUCUGAUGGGUCUAAAUUUUUUUUUGUUGUUGAAUCCAGACAUUUUUUUUGAGAGGAAAAGAAUAAUAGAGUCAGAACUCUGCUUUCUAUCUCAUCAUCCUGCUUCUGAUAGGACUCAGCAAAUUCUCACAUUCAAAAGGUUGUGGCAUCUGAGGCCAACAAUAACAUAAGGGGAACAAUCAGUAUUCCUCCUUACAGCAACUCUGGAUCAGAUACACUUGUAGCUGAGGCGCAGUGGUCUCCCAGAAACAUUUUGGUUAAAUUUUAUUGCAGUGGUUAUUAUUGGGAUCUAUCCAUUUCAGUAAUAAACCACCCAGGUUAUUGAUACUUUAUUCAACAUUUAUAAAUCUCUGAGUACAGUUGCAAUGCUUAUUCUGUAGCCCUACUACAGGACUUGUAGUUUCCACUGAAAAUUGCAUAGUGAUUGCAUUGUUUCCAGUUCUAUUCAUAAAUUUACAUUUCAUGAUCCAUGUAUUAUCUGUUUAUACAUGUUUGCAGAUGAUCACAUGGGCUCUGCCCAAGUACAGAGAAACUUUUAAUGCUAUUAGCUUCAAUUUCUUAUACUUUUAAAGUAAAUGUACACUUAGUUGGAAAGUAAACAUAUGUAUUUACUUUUUUCAUAUUAUCUUUAUCCUUAUCAUUAUUUUUCCCUUUACUUCCCCCUGUUCUUAAAAAAUCUGCUCGAGAGUCCAUUAACAUCCUUCCUUAGUUCUAAUGGCUGUUCAGCUGCGCUACUUACUGGUCGCUAUGGUUUCAGAGGGUGGAACCCCAUUCAAUUUUGUAUAACUUGGAGAAUGGCUUGCUCUCAGACUUCAACUUAAGAGUUCUAAUGGUCUAUACUGAAAAAAGUUUUUAAUUAUAUGAUGAAAAUUUGGAGGAGAGGUCCUAAGUUUCAUAUAAUUGGCAUCUUUUGUGCUAAUGUAUAAAACUUUAUUUAAAUGUUUAAGGUAAAUGCUUUGAAAAAAAACCUGUCAAGUUCUUAGCAUAAAUAUUUUUCGGAGCAUAAUCUUUUUACUUUGAUUUUCCUAUUCCUUUAAAGCUGCGCCAAAUCUUAAUCCUGAGGGCACAGCAUGGAGGGUGCCCUGGGAUGUAGCGGGCCUCUCGGAAGCAGCUCCUAGCGAACCUGCCUUAGGUUGGGUCACACUUCGUGGUGAGUCUAGAGGUACAAGUGGAAAGGAUAAGCUAAUUAGCUCCAAUUUUUAAAUAUGGAAACAAUUUAGAUAAAUAUAUAAAGCUUACUUAAACUCUUUAGGAAAUUUUGAACACUAAAAAAAAAAGUCAUUGUUGCUAGCACAAACAAACAUUAAGGAGCAAUUUCUGUAUUAGGUUAGAUUGUUGCUUUUUUCCAAUGUGUCAAAAGUAGGAGGAAGUGAAACUAUUACUUUCCUAUUACAUCUAUAUUAUUUUUUAAUUUAAAAGACAAGUGGUGUCUUGGCUAAUAGAAAAUUUCAUCAUGGAUAAUAGUUUAAUUAACUCUUAAAAACACAACCUUUUUGCCUUCUAAUUAAAACAAAAACCAAUUUGCCAUUCAUCAUGGCGAUGUGGAAUGAGAACACACCACAGAAGGAAGGCUUGCUACUUGACUGACCAUCAUGAAUUCUGCUCAUAUUACACUCAUUGGCUUUUGUUGAUGGUUUAGUGUAAGGGCAAUAAAAAGACCAUCCAGGGAGAAGUCUGAGAAUGGUUCAGGGAAUCAAGGUGGGGAACAGCAUCAGACAGCUCCUGGGCUCGCUAUCAUUUCAGAGCCACAGCCUUGUUUAUUGUUUAUUUGUUAAUAAGGCUAAUGCUUUGUUUUAUAAACACACUGUAGAGUGAUGUUACAAUUUUCAAGAAUAAAGGGCCAAAUGCCUGUAGCUAAAUGUAAAACCUGCAUAUGACCUAGAAUCACAAUUGUUGAACUAUCCUAAAUGUGGACUUUAUCAGAUGAUUCCUGAGACAGUAAAGACUCAUGAAACAAUACAUUGCCACAUCUUGAAUCACUCAAAGAAACCUUGAAAUUUGGGGACUAUAUUACUUAGUUUGUCCUUUUUAAAAUUAUCAAUUUUUAAAUCGUGAACAUUGAUCACCUUGACCUCUGUACAUUCACAGAAAUCCCCAUGGAACUAUUUUCUUGACUGAUAUAAUAUAGGAGGCUACCUCAUUUAGGAUACAGAAGACGUCAAUAUUUUAUUAGUAUAUUGGAAAGACAUGGGGAGUGAAAUGAAACCUUUCUAAGUACUUGACCAUGACACUCACUUGAUCAUGGCAGUCCACCUACCUCAGCUUUCAGUGUCCACUAAAAGCCUUGCUUAAUCAACUCCUGUCUGAUCAGAAGGAAGCUAAUGGCGCUUCAGGGAUUAAAAGGCAAGGGAGUGCAAGUUGUUAAGGGGUCAAAAUAUCAGUAAAAGUGCUUAAGUGCUUUGUUCUGGUAAGUGGCUAUAAAAGAACAAAAAAGAAAUAUUAACUAAUGUGGCCUGUGGAUAAUCUAAAAAAGGGGGGGAAAAAACCUGAAGAAAUUUAUAAUCUAUGCAUAAUAAUGAACACUUACUAAAAUGCUUUCCCAGUGGCUUUUCAAAUUAUACUGGCUGCUUAAUGAUGAGGUCUUGUUUUCAUUUAUUUGUGUUUUCUUUGGCAAGAAGAUGGGUGAUCACUGACAAGAGAUGGUAUGCUUGUGCCUUAACCUUACAGCUGACAUGUGAAGCUCCUGUAAGAGCCUCCCCUUUCCUAGAGAUAAUGAUUUUUCUGCCUCACUGGAGUUUUUGAAAAUGCUGUUGUUGAGUGUGGCAAUCGUGUAGGAGUUAACCCGCAAGUUCCCAAUCUAUAAAGAUAUUUUUAGCCUUUCAAUAUGAGUGCCAUUGUAAGAAGAGUAUUUUGGAGUUGACUGUCACCAAGCAUGUAAGGGAUAGGAACUAUAUAAAAUAACAUUUAGAAAUCAAAUUUCAUAUGUGAUACUGUUUUGGAGACUCUGAUAUAUAUGACUUAUUCUUUACUGGAUAAUACUUUUAAGUAUCUAUCAGUUAUUAAAAGAGUGGACUUUGCAAAUAUUUUAAAUGUGUGUAAACAUAAACCUUUUCUACUGUGAUCUUCCCUAAAUGUAGUCUUCUAUAGUAUGUUCUAAUAGGCUAGAAAGUAAUGGGUAAAUGUGUCUUUCAUAAUUCAGCUGUUAUAGGAAUAUUAAUUCAGGGAAGGAGAGCUUGUUAUCAAGAGUGCUGUAUUUUGACCCCAGGUUCUGAACGAACAGACUGUGUAUUUGGUGCCUUGUUUUCCUACCAAAGAAAGAUUAGAUCAAGAUUGGUGCUAAAUUUCAAGUUCCCUUCAAAAUUAUUUUUUCUUUUAAGUAUAUAUAACACAAUAGGAAAUGUAUAGACCCAGCAGUAUUAUGUAUGUUGCAUUUUGUAUAUGUAUCUGAGGGGGAAAAACCUCAUAUAUAAAGCAAUUAUUGAGUUCAAAUAUUUACUUAGAGGUAUGUAAUUUUUGUUAACAUAUAAGGUUUUAAAGUAUGAAACUCACAAGAAAAUGAUCAUCAAAUAAAAACUUAAUGAUAAUCAUAGCCCCCAAGGUAACUUUAAAGAAAAAGUCCCUGGUCAGUGUUUCUAGCACAAAGUUAGCUAUUCAAAGUAUUCUGUAACUCUGAGGGUAUGUGACAAAAAAUUAUGUAUAUUUUAUUAUAUAUUAUAGUUAUACAUGCACAAAUAACCUUCUAUUUAAGCAGAUAUUUUAAGCUAUUUUUUCAGGCUGAAAUCGGAGUUCUGGGAGUCAUUAAUCUUAAAACCUGGAUAAUGAUCUACUUUAAAAAAAAAAUUCAUGCUGAAAGUAUCAUUGUUCGUCUUUCAGAUUUAACAGAAAGAUUUAAAUUAGUAAGGACUCUGUAUCAGUGUCGGCAAAUCUCAGACCUAUGAUUUCUCAAGGGCUCCCAGCAUUAUGGUUGUGGCUGACUUAUUUUAAUGUUUAUCUGAAAAGUAAUAUUUAAAUUAUUUUGCAUAUUUUCAAAGUUAGAAAAACAUGUUUUAUCUUGGGUAUCAAAACCAAAUUAUUCCAAGAGCACGCUGCACACCUCAGUGUAGUUCUGCUUCUCUCUCUACCUACACAGGAUGUCAUUUUUGGCACAAUAGCUGUUUAAAUAUAUUCAUGUGAAAUGAUUAUGCUGGAUUUGAUUAGUAUGCAAUAUUUUAGUAUGUGCCUUUAAAAAAUUCUAUGUUUCUUUUUAAGGAGUAUAAUUUAUAAUUGAUUUUUAUAAUGUGAAGUUUAAUAUAGAUACCCAAAAGAGCUUUGUAAUCAUUGGGAGGAUAAGAUCAUUUUAUGUGCAACAAUGUGAUGUCCUCGGUAAAUACAAUAAAAAAAUUUUAGCAAAUUUC